AUGUAUGUUUAUAAGAGAGACGGUCGUAAGGAGCAGGUCAAGUUUGACAAGAUUACAGCGCGUAUAUCACGGUUGUGCUAUGGCCUGGAUCCGAAACAUAUUGAUGCAGUGAAAAUCACUCAGAGGAUUAUAUCUGGGGUUUAUGAGGGGGUGACGACCGUUGAAUUGGAUAAUUUAGCAGCGGAAACAUGUGCUUAUAUGACGACGGUGCAUCCGGAUUAUGCUACUUUAGCAGCGCGGAUUGCCAUUUCGAAUUUGCAUAAGCAGACGACCAAGCAGUUUUCGCAGGUUAUUAGCGAUUUGUAUCAUUAUAUCAAUCCCAAGAAUGGGUUGAAGUCUCCGAUGAUUUCAGAUGAAGUUUAUGAGAUUGUGAUGGAGCACAAGGACGAGCUUAAUUCUGCGAUAUUGUAUGACAGAGAUUUCCAGUAUAACUACUUUGGAUUCAAGACGUUGGAACGUUCUUACUUGCUGCGGAUUGAUGGGCAGGUUGCCGAGAGACCUCAGCACAUGGUGAUGCGUGUGGCGGUGGGGAUUCAUGGACGAGACAUUAAGAAAGCGAUUGAGACGUAUAACUUGAUGUCAUUGAGGUAUUUCACCCACGCGUCGCCUACGUUGUUCAAUGCGGGUACACCGCAUCCACAAAUGUCAUCGUGUUUCUUGGUUGCUAUGAAGGAUGACUCAAUUGAGGGUAUCUAUGAUACGUUAAAGGAGUGUGCUCUGAUUUCCAAGACUGCUGGUGGUAUUGGGUUGCACAUUCACAACAUUCGGUCCACUGGCUCUUACAUUGCGGGCACGAACGGGACUUCAAACGGUAUUAUCCCUAUGGUAAGGGUAUACAAUAAUACCGCUCGUUAUGUCGACCAGGGUGGUAACAAGCGUCCUGGAGCGUUUGCCAUAUAUUUGGAGCCAUGGCAUUCGGAUAUCUUUGACUUUAUUGAUAUUCGGAAGAACCACGGUAAGGAGGAAAUUCGUGCUCGUGACUUGUUUCCUGCGUUAUGGAUUCCUGAUCUGUUUAUGCGCAGGGUCCAAGAUAAUGGCGAUUGGACGUUGUUCUCUCCUAGCGAAGCACCUGGUUUAUCUGAAGUAUGGGGAGACGAAUUUGAAGAACUAUACGAACGUUACGUCCUCGAAGGCCGUGGGAGAAAGACUAUCAAAGCCCAAAAAUUGUGGUAUGCCAUCUUGGAGGCUCAAACGGAGACGGGCACUCCAUUCAUCUUGUAUAAGGAUGCUUGUAACAGAAAAUCUAAUCAAAAAAAUAUUGGUACCAUCAAAUCCUCCAACUUAUGCUGUGAAAUUGUUGAAUAUUCCUCUCCAGAAGAGACUGCCGUGUGCAAUUUGGCCUCCAUUGCUCUACCAGCAUUUAUCGAAGAGUCUUCAGAUGGAAAGACUCAAUUUUACAACUUCCAAAAGUUACAUGAUAUUGCAAAAGUCGUCACUCGUAAUUUGAACAGAGUCAUUGAUCGUAACUAUUACCCUGUUGAGACUGCCAGGCGGUCAAAUAUGCGGCAUAGACCUAUCGCUUUGGGUGUCCAAGGUUUAGCCGAUGCAUUCAUGAUUUUGCGUAUCCCUUUUGAUUCCAAAGAAGCUAAAGAAUUGAACAUUCAAAUAUUCGAAACUCUAUAUCAUGCAGCUUGCGAGGCGUCCGUUGAAUUAGCUAUCGAAGAAGGUCCUUAUGAGUCUUUCAAGGGUUCUCCAAUAUCCAAAGGUAUUUUACAAUUUGACAUGUGGGGAAGGAAACCUACUGAUCUAUGGGAUUGGCAGACUUUGAAGGCUAAAAUAGUUAAACACGGUACCCGGAACUCCUUGUUAAUUGCUCCAAUGCCAACAGCCUCUACGUCGCAGAUUUUGGGCUAUAAUGAGUGUUUUGAACCUUACACAUCAAAUAUGUAUUCUCGUCGUGUAUUGUCAGGUGAGUUCCAGAUUGUUAAUCCCUACUUGUUACGUGAUUUAGUUGAUCUAGGUGUGUGGGAUGAAUCUAUGAAGUCCCACAUCAUUUCUGAUAAUGGUUCCAUUCAAGGGUUGCCCAAUAUCCCCCAAGAAUUGAAAGAUCUUUAUAAGACCGUCUGGGAGUUAUCUCAGAAGACUAUAAUUGACAUGGCUGCCGAUCGUGGUGCCUACAUUGAUCAAUCUCAGUCUCUGAACAUUCAUAUUCGCGCUCCUACCAUGGGUAGGUUAACUUCUAUGCACUUUUAUGGUUGGAAGAAAGGAUUAAAGACAGGCAUGUAUUAUUUACGGACUCAAGCUGCGUCUGCAGCCAUUCAAUUCACUGUGGACAAGGCUGUAGCUGAACAAGCUGCAAACAAUGUAGCUAAUCUAUCCAAACUUCAGCGUCCACAAUAUGUCCCAUGUGAUUUCACUUAUUCUAAAAACUCCACUAUUCCCUUAGAUGAAUUAAAAGAUUCGGUGUCCGUUAACAUCUCUACAUCUGAUGUUUCUUCCCUAUCAAAUAGUGUUUCUUCUUUGACAAUAGAUUCGAAAGCACCAAUUACCCCCAUUACGGAACCUGGAUCGAAAUCUGGUGAGUUUGAAGAUGAAGCAGAGGUUGACAGCGAACAAAAGUUUGAUAUUUACAAUUCUAAAGUCGUUGCUUGUGCUAUCAACAACCCAGAAGCUUGUGAAAUGUGCUCCGGUUAG